CCGGAAGCAGCGGCUGAAGCGGAGUCGGGAGCAAUGAGCGGGGAGCCGGGGCCGACGUCUGAAGCGCCCCCUCCCGGGGAGAGUGAACCGGGUAGUGGGGUGCGCAUCGUGGUGGAGUAUUGUGAACCCUGCGGAUUUGAGGCGACCUACCUGGAGCUGGCGAGUGCCGUGAAGGAGCAGUACCCCGGCAUUGAGAUCGAGUCGCGCCUGGGGGGCACAGGGGCCUUUGAGAUCGAAAUCAAUGGACAGCUGGUGUUCUCCAAGCUGGAGAAUGGGGGCUUCCCUUAUGAGAAAGAUCUCAUUGAGGCCAUCCGAAGAGCCAGUAACGGAGAACCCCUGGAAAAGAUCACGAACAGCCGUCCUCCCUGCGUCAUCCUGUAACUACACAUGAUUCUGGGUUCCUGCUCUGUUCUGGGACCCAGGCCUUGGUCUCCCGGUUGGUCCUGCUGAGGGCUCCCCACUGCCUUUUUCCCCUUACUUGGGUCCUGGUAAGCUAAGAGACUCCACUUUGUCCCUUUGGGUACCAGGAGGGAAUAGAAGCUGCUGUGGUCUUGGGGGUGGGAGAGAGACCUUCUCCAUGGACAUUUCCACAGCCGCCUUAUACCCCCUUCCCAGGAUCAGUGCCCAAGAAAGUCUGCUCCACACUCCAGCUUAGCCGUGCCGGUCAAAUGCCACCACAGUUCUAACUUCCCUUCCACUAGCCUUGGGCAGUGUCAGCUGUUGGCAAUAAAGUGGCAUUACAG